AUGGCAUCGACUCUGCCGCCCGCGUUCGGCUGCGAGCAGCAGCGGAGUUAUGCUUUCUCCAUGCAGUGCAAGCGCUCCCUCACCCCGACGCUGACUCAUCAGUUCGAGGUGACGUGGCCGUGGCCAGUGGUGCAGAGCAGAAGGCGGUCUCGCGCCGCCGGCGGUGCUGACGACGCUCAGGGUUUGGUGAGCUCGUCGGCCACGCUCCAGGGCAGCGUUUUCAAGGAUGACGAAGCAGAAGAGGGAGGGGACGAAGUGAGAGAAGGGGUCGAGAAGGGAACCACGAAGGAGGGCGUGCCCACCUCGCCGACGUCCGGCAGUGACGCAUCUGCCGCGACGUGCCGCAGCAAAUCACCGCUGUGGAGGGAUCGAUGUCACUACGGGUGGCCCACUUUCAUCCUUGACCUCUCGAGCGACCCGUUCCUUGGCCGGCAUGAGACACGUCGCGUUGGUGUGCUUCUCUCGCCAGGCCAUCGCUGUCUCUUACCCCUGGUUGAGCUGGAUGAACCAGAGCCUCUGCCAGACAAGGCUGGUGUGGCUUUUUGGCGAACCGCCUUUAAGCCACCCUCCCACAGGGCACCCGCGUUGUCAUCCUCCUCGUCUCUCAGCGUCGCCAACCCGCCUCCGUGCUGCGCCGAGCUUCUCGUCGGCGAGCUUGCAGAGAUUGAGCGGGCAGUCCGGCAGCGUCAUGAGAUGGCGACUACGUCAUCCCGGUGCAACACGCGUGCAUCGAUGAAGCCGUCGUUUCUCUCUUGUAUUUCACUUGAGCCCCGCACGCAGCUCAGUGCACCCCUGCUGGAGGCCGGAGGAGAGGGGAGCUUGUUGACGCAGAGCACUGAUUGUGCAUUACAAUGCGUAAAGCGAGAGGAAGAGACGGCGCCCGCCGCAGCGGUGAGUUCGGCUCCGGGGCGUGAUCCUGAGAGGAUGGAUACGAUAUCGAGCUCAACGGCAACGUCAGCACAGUCGCAGCGAGGCUCAGCCUUCGCACCGAAGAGAGUCCUGAGCUUUUUCUUCUACACCAUUCCGUUCCGCCUUCGCUGGCUCUCCCAGUUGCCGGGGCGGAUUGUCGUCUCUCUGCCAUGCGAGGAGCGGCUGCUGACCCUGUACGCGCCUCAUGGAAAUGGCAACCAUCGCAGUGCACCACAACCCUCACCGUCGUCGGUGCCUCGAGGUGGAGGUACCGCUCCGACUGAGAUCAUUGCCCUCUCGCAGGUGCACAGCUACGCACUGCCGCGUGGUGUAGUCCCGCUGGAUCUCUCGGAGGUGUUUGACCGACCAUUUCUCGCCAUUGGCACGGCUGAGCACGGGGUGCUGCUGUGCCACCUCGACACGUCGACAGGCGCCGUACAGGGCAUCGCGCGGUGGAUUUCACUAAGGGGUUAUGGGAGUUCUCUGUACCCGGUGACGCGCCUCGCGGCGGUGUUUCCUGCGCGUCAGUCGGGGCUCGCUCCGAAUCGCUUCACCGACUUUCCCUCAGCACCCCCGUGGAUGAGGCACGUGGCUGCCCUUGAAAGCCUCAAUGACGGUGUGCUCGUGUGCUCCUCGCUGUACGAGCCCACCGCUGCUGUUGUUAAGCUCGGCGUGGCCGCAGUGGGCGUGGUGGAGGACUUCUCCGUCCUCCGUGGCGUCGACACGAUCCUCGACGUGAGCGCGACUGUGCAGCCCGAUUUAGGGCCACUUGUCUGCACAGUCUCACGGAAGCUGGUGCGGUUACGUGUUGUUGACUCCGCGGCCGAAGAGGCGGAGCGGCGCACUGCGCUUCUCAAGAAGAAGCUGGACUCCGGUCUUGCCGAUCGCGUACCUCCGUGCCUGACUCACGACCGGAUGGUGCGGCUGGAAUGCCCGCUUCUCCACGUUGCUUCCAGCCCCGUCGUCGUGCAGUCCUUCGCUGAAAAGUACGUGAGUCGACGCAACUACACGAAGCACUGGCAGUUUGGGGUGGAUGGCGCGAAUCGGGUGAUGCUGCUAGAUCGGACGGUGAGCCAGUACAUCCUCCACUCCACCUUUCAACUGGGCCGCCUCGACUCGGCAGCCGAGGAGGGGCGCGUGGCGCCUACCGGCUGUCUUCUACCGUUUUCCCCCACUACGAACAGCGCCAAUAAAAGCGAGGCACGACUCUCUUGUGCAGGCAAACUGGAGGGUGUGCUCGACGAGGGCUGUGAGGCAGCAACAGAUGGAAAUGACGUCAGCAUGUCGUUGCCGUUUCCUCCUCCGACGCAGCUCUCGUUAAGUAGUGGUGGGCAGAAGCGUUCGCGACCUUCGUCAAAGACCUCAAGGAACAAGAGGGCGUCUGACUCAACUGCCAAGCGUCGUGGGGCAGCAGCUGCGCUGUCCACUGCUGUUGCUAAGGGGAAAGGAGAUGAUGACGACAGCGAUGACGAGGACGACGCAUCGCCUGGCAAAGCCAGCUCGUUUUCCGACCUUGCUUCCUUGAUCCCCAUCGAGGAUGCCUGCAGCGGUGUCGCGGUGACCUGCGUGCAGGAUCAGAUGAUCCAAGUGGCUGCCGCCCACGACCGCGAUUGCAUUUCUCUCGUCACGUGGCGAAUCAAUCUUUCUACCUCACCACGACCGCCGACGUCCUCUGCCGCGGCAACCAUCAUCACGGAGGCCCUUGCUGCACCCCCCAAGGGAGGUGCACGGCCGUAG